UACACGCCUGACCUGCUUCUUCUUUCUUGUCUAACUUUUCCGUCUCUUCACACGAAUGAGGAAAUAAGCUGCUUGAAACUGGAGCUAAGCCUGUUCAUCGGCGAAAUGACGCCUUUAAUCUUUCUGAUUCUGGUGGGAAUUCAAGGUUCUACCGCAGUGACCCACUCUCUGAAGUAUUUCUACACGGCAUCUUCAGGAAUAGAAAACUUCCCAUCAUACGUCUCUGUUGGGUUUGUGGAUGAUGUUCAGAUAAGUUACUGUGACAGCAGAACAAAUGAAAAUAUUCCUAAACAGGAUUGGAUGAAUAAAGUGAGUUCAGAAUAUCCAAAUUACUGGGAGGAGGAAACAGAGACAUGUCUGGCUAAACAGCAAACCUUCAAAAUCAACCUAGAAAUUGCCAAAAAACGUUUCAACCAGACUGGAGGAGUUCACGUCUUUCAGCAGAUGUAUGGCUGUGAGUGGGAUAAUGAGACCGGAGAGGUCAAAGGUUAUGAUCAGUUUGGUUAUGAUGGAGAAGAUUUAAUUAUGCUGGACCCACAAACACAAGUAUGGAUCGCUCCAAAACCACAAGCUGUCAUCACCAAACACAAGUGGGAUCAUAACAGAUAUGCUGUAGAACAUGAGAAGAUCUACUUAACUCAGACAUGUGUUGAGUGGCUGAAGAAAUAUGUGAAUUAUGGGAGGAGCUCUCUGAUGAAAACAGUUCCUCCCUCAGUUUCUUUUCUCCAGAGGUUUUCAUCCUCUCCAGUCAGUUGCUUCGCUACAGGUUUCUAUCCCAACAGAGCAGAAAUGUUCUGGAGGAAAGAUGGAGAGGAGAUUCAUGAUGAUGUGGAGAAAGGAGAGAUUCUCCCCAACAAUGAUGGGACCUUCCAGAUGAACAUUUAUCUUGAUCUUUCAUCUGUUCCACCUGAAGACUGGACGAGGUAUGAAUGUGUGUUUCAGCUCUCUGGUGUCAGAGAAGGCCUUGUCACCAGACUGGAGAAAAGCAAAAUCAAGACCAAUGACGCUCCUCCGCCGCCGAAGCGAGCUCCCACCACCGCCCUGUCCAUGCGCUCCAAGUCCAUGACGUCAGAGCUGGAGGAACUCGUGACCCACUCUCUGAAGUAUUUCUACACGGCAUCUUCAGGAAUAGAAAACUUCCCAUCAUACGUCUCUGUUGGGUUGGUGGAUGAUGUUCAGAUAAGUUACUGUGACAGCAGAACAAAUGAAAAUAUUCCUAAACAGGAUUGGAUGAAUAAAGUGAGUUCAGAACAUCCAAAUUACUGGGAGGAGGAAACAGAGACAUGUCUGGCUAAACAGCAAACCUUCAAAAUCAACCUAGAAAUUGCCAAAAAACGUUUCAACCAGACUGGAGGAGUUCACGUCUUUCAGCAGAUGUAUGGCUGUGAGUGGGAUAAUGAGACCGGAGAGGUCAAAGGUUAUGAUCAGUUUGGUUAUGAUGGAGAAGAUUUAAUUAUGCUGGACCCACAAGCACAAGUAUGGAUCGCUCCAAAACCACAAGCUGUCAUCACCAAACACAAGUGGGAUCAUAACAGAUAUGCUGUAGAACAUGAGAAGAUCUACUUAACUCAGACAUGUGUUGAGUGGCUGAAGAAAUAUGUGAAUUAUGGGAGGAGCUCACUGAUGAAAACAGUUCGUCCCUCAGUUUCUCUCCUCCAGAGGUUUUCAUCCUCUCCAGUCAGUUGCUUCGCUACAGGUUUCUAUCCCAACAGAGCAGAAAUGUUCUGGAGGAAAGAUGGAGAGGAGAUUCAUGAUGAUGUGGAGAAAGGAGAGAUUCUCCCCAACAAUGAUGGGACCUUCCAGAUGAACAUUUAUCUUGAUCUUUCAUCUGUUCCACCUGAAGACUGGACGAGGUAUGAAUGUGUGUUUCAGUUCACUGGUGUCAGAGAAGGCCUUGUCACUAGACUGGAGAAAAACAAAAUCAAGACCAAUGACGUGACCCACUCUCUGAAGUAUUUCUACACGGCAUCUUCAGGAAUAGAAAACUUCCCAUCAUACGUCUCUGUUGGGUUGGUGGAUGAAGUUCAGAUAAGUUGCUGUGACAGCAGAACAAAUGAAAAUAUUCCUAAACAGGAUUGGAUGGAUGAAGUGAGUUCAGAAUAUCCAAAUUACUGGAAGGAGGAAACAGAGACAUGUCUGGCUAAACAGCGAACCUUCAAAAUAAACCUAGAAAUUGCAAAACAACGCUACAGCCAGAGUGGAGGAGUGCCCAUCUUUCAGCAGAUGUAUGGCUGUGAGUGGGAUGAUGAGACUGGAGAGGUCAAAGGUUAUGAUCAGUUUGGUUAUGAUGGAGAAGAUUUUAUUGCCCUGGACCUGGAAGGACAAUCAUGGAUCGCUCCUAAACCACAAGCUUUCAACACCAAACAGAAUUGGGAAAAUAAUAGAGUUGCACAGGAACUUGAGAAGAUCUACUUGACUCAAACAUGUGUUGAGUGGCUGAAGACGUAUGUGAGCUAUGGGAGGAGCUCACUGAUGAAAACAGAUGUUCCCUCAGUGUCUUUCCUCCAGAAGUCUCCAUCCUCUCCAGUCUGUUGCCACGCUACAGGUUUCUAUCCCAGCAGAGCUGAAAUGUUCUGGCGGAAAGAUGGAGAGGAGAUUCAUGAUGGUGCAGAUAAACAGGAGAUUCUUCCAAACAAUGAUGGGACCUUCCAGAUGAGUAUUUACAUUGACCUGUCAUCUGUUCCAACUGAGGACUGGACAAAACAUAAAUGUGUGUUUCAGCUCUUUGGUCUCAAAGAUGACCUUGUUAUCCAACUGGAGAAAACACAAAUACGGAGCAACUAUGGCUAUUCAUAUAUGCUCAUCAUUUCUUUGACCGUAGUUGUAAUUCUAUGUCUUGCAACUUUGGCUCUGUCUGGAUACGUUUACACGUUGAGAAAGAAUAACGGUAAAGACAGGCGUAUGAUAAAUGCUGUGGAACUUUGUGAGGCUCAGGAAGAAAUGCUUUCCAAAAAUGAAAUGAAGUUGUCAUUAAGGCACAGAGAUCUGGAUCGGCAUCAGUUUGAAAUGUCAUCUUGAGGAUUUUACUUAACUGGGA